AUGUCUCGCAGGCGCCCACGCUCUGCGGUCUCGGCGCGCGAUUGGGAGAUGAGCAAUGGCUACGGGGGGCUGCCCGCAGGAGCGACGGCGGGGCGGCCCAUCAGGCGUGUCAGUGCGCUGCGCAUGAAGGAGGAGGCCGAGGUCGGCGCCUCGGCGGCCCGCCGUCGGGCGCGGGCACGGCGCCUCCUCGCGGCCGAGCCGGCAGUCAGCAAGGCGGACAGAGGCGGCCCAGGUUCCUGGCAGGACCGUGGGGCUGCGGCGCGCCCUGCCUUGCGUUUUGCCGCCGUGAGAGGUCGCGUCCCGGGCACAAUGAGGCGGCGGCGGAACGCCGCGUGGCACGCGUUGCUGGUCCCUGCGGGCGGAUUCGCGCGCGCAUCCGCGCCGGGCAUAGUGCGGGCCGCCGCAGGCCCCCGCCUGGGGUGGCUGCCCCCGCUCCCUGAGGCGGCCGCGGUGUCCUUCGGCGACUUCGAGGCGGCACCCGAAGAGCAAUGCCAGGCUCUCGGUGGCGAGGACGAGGGCCGCUGUGAGGACAGGCUGGAGAACCUGAAGGGCAGUUCGGUCGGUCUGGACCUGGACGAGGACGAGGGCCUUCGCGAGGGCAGGACAGGCUGGAAGACAUCAAGUAGCAUGCACAAGCGCAAGUUCGGCCUGAACCUGGACGAGGACGAGGGCCUCCGCGAGGGCAGGCUGGAGGACCCUAAGGGCCCGUGCAAGCGCGAGUUCGGCUUGGACCUGGGCGUGGACGAGGGCCUCCUCGAGGGCAGGCUGGAAGACAUGAAGGGCCGGCACAAGCGCAAGUUAGGUUUGGACAUGGACGAGGACGGGGGCCUCUGCGUGGACAGGCUUGCUGAGGACCUGGAGGGCAUGCACAAACACAGCAAGUUCGGCCUGGACCUGGACGAGGACGAGGGCCUCUGCGAUGACAGGCUGGGGGGCGUGAAGGGCCGGCUCAAGCGCAAGUUCGACCGGGACCUGGGCGAGGACGGGGGCCUCUGCGAGGACAGGCUGGACAAAGUGAAGUGCUUUCGCAAGCGCGAGGUCGGUCUGGACCUGGGCGAGGAGGAGAGCCUCGGCGAGGACAGGCUGGAGGACAGGAAGGGCAUGCGCAAGCGCAAAUUCGGCUUGGACCAGGACGAGGACGAGGUCCUCAGCGAGGGCAGGCUGGAGGACCCUAAGGGCCCGCGCAUGCGCGAGUUCGGCGUGGGCCCGGGUGCUGACGCGAGCCUUUGCGAGGAUAGGAUGGACGACCUAAGGGGCCUGCGCUCGCGCAAGUUCGGUCUGGAGCUAGACGGAGACGAGAUCCUCCGCGAGGACAGACUGGAGGACCUGAAGGGCAUGCGCAAGCGCAAGUUCGGCUUGGACCUGGGCGAGGAAGAGGACCUCUGCGAGGGCAGGCGGGAGGACUCGCAGGGCCCGUGCAAACGUGACCUCGGCCUGGACCUGGGCGAGAACGAGGACCUCGAAUUCCUGUCUGUGGACGAGCUCCUGGAGGCGGGGGCCGCCCCCCGGAUGGCCCUCGCAGUGGCCAGCAUCCUCCUGGGGAUCCCACUCGAGGGCCCCAGGACUUUGCCGCGUGAGCUCGCCUGA